UGCGCGUAGAGAUGUGGCCGAGGUCUCUCUUCACUAAAAUCGUUCUGCUGAUUGGUGUUACUUACGGUGACAUUACGAUAAACUCGCCAACAAGUGCUAAUAACACUGUAGCUUCGUACGUAUCGCCCUGUCCAGAAGGCAAAGACAUAUGGCCGUGCACUUGCUUGGAAAAGGAUGACCUGUGGGCCGACAUCAGUUGCCAAGGCGUAAAUAAAGAAGAACUUUACGAGAUUUUUGGUACCGACUUCCCCGAUCCCGACCUCAAUGUCAUCCGCGUUGAGAGGAACCUGGAACUCACGAUCUUGCCCGAGAACAUUUUCGAGAACGUCACCUUCCGAGCAUUUGUGUUUCGGGAAGGAGUCCUCGAGGAUAUAAAAGCAGGAGGAUUUAACGGUAGCUUCCGUACAGCGCUCUCUCUCGACUUCACUUCGAACCGAAUUACUAGUUUCCCCUUCAGUGCUCUCCAGAACUUUGUCGCUUUGACGGAACUGUUCCUAGGGAAUAACUCCAUCACCGGCUUCCCAUCGAUGAAGUCCGCGACUCUGCAGGUCCUCUCGCUGGCGCACAACCCACUGAGGUCUCUUCCUUCGUGGGCGUUCGUGCAGCUGCCGGCGCUCGUGUCUCUGGAUCUCGACCAUACCGGCCUCACUGUACUGCAGCCGCGCACGUUCGUGGGUCUCAAGUCCCUCGCCUACGUGUUCCUCGCUGACAACCAACUGACACACGUCGCCGCUGACUCUCUCGCCUUUGUCAGCGCCGGCCUGAAAGUCGUCAGCUUGAGUCACAACGCCAUCAAGAGCGUCGCCGGUAUAUCAGGUUUAGGGGCUGAGGCGAGCGUGUUUCUCGACGGCAACAACUUGUCCGAAAUACCUGAGAUGAUCUGGCGACCUUGGCUAGAGAAAGGAGUCAAGGUUUGGGUGAUAGAUAACCCUCUGGCCUGCGGUUGUGAAGUUACCUGGGCUCUCCAUAAUGAAACUUUACGUAGCCUCAUGAUAACUGACGAAGUUUGUGUGGAUGAGGCGGGGAACUUCAUGGAUAUUGUGAAUGAAGCUGGUAGUGGCUGCUAACAAUAAUGAUUAUAACAAAAAUAAUGAUUAAAACAAUAUUUAGUGAUAAUAAUAAUAAUAUCAAUAUUAAUAGUAAGGAUAAUUAAUAAUAAUAAUAAUAUCAACAUUAAUCAUAAGGAUAAUUGAUAAUAAUAAUGAUAAUUGAUAAUAAUAAUAAUAAUGAUAAUUGAUAAUAAUAAUAAUAAUAUCAAUAUUAAUAAUAAUGAUAAUUGAUAAUAAUAAUAGUAAUAAUAAUAAUGAUAAUAACGAUACUAAAAAUAAUAAUAUGGAUAAUAAUUAUAACAGUAAUGUUUAUAUUAUCAAAAAGACAAGAGCUAGACCAAUAAUGACGUUGUUACUGUUACUGUUACUUCUACUUCUACAAUUACUAUGAAUGAAACAUGUAAAUGACAAAAAAUAACAUUUUGAUGCGUUACACACAAACCCAUGCUCACGUAUACAUUACGGGUUAAUAAACGCUCAUUCACACAUAUAAAACACGGUGAGUAAAGUAUAUGACUAAUAUAUCCUUAACUAAUUAUAGUUUGGUAUCACAUUUAUGCCUCGGAUAUUGAUCAGAACUCGCUACUGUAUUGUAAAUUCUUUUGAAUAGACAUUUAAGAUGAUUUGUAUGCGCUAUCAUCUGGUUAAUAAUUUUAAACAGUAACAUAAAAUCAUGCGAAUUGUGAUAUAUUGAUAGUUCUUCAAAAGAGCUUAUUGUCAUAUUUAACAAUUAAAUGAA